UGCCCCUUUCUCUUCUCAUUCUCUCAGUCAAUUGAUUCAAUUGAAAAAAGCACUCAGUACUCAGUGAUCAAACCAUCUUUCCCCAGGAUUCGUUCAUUGGCUUUAUGCGAUGAUGUCAACAAGCAGCCGAAGAUGCCUUACAUAUUUUCGUCUUCAUCCUCUAAUGGGUAUUUUUGAUUCUCUUUCUUAUAGUACUUAUACCAGCAGUACGCAUUUGAGAGGUAAAAUCAAAUCUGAUUCAUUCCAGAACAUUGAUGAUGCUUUGGCUUCUUUUGAUUUGAUGCUUCGUAGUAAUCGCUCACCUCCCGUUAUUGAACUCAAUAAAAUAUUAUCUGCACUUGUUCGAAUGAAACAUUAUACUACUGUCAUUUCUCUCUCUAAACAGAUGGAAAUAUUUGGAAUUUCACAUGAUAUUUGUUCUUUUAAUAUUUUGAUUAAUUGCUUCUGCCACCUUGUGGAUUUUGGGUACUCUUUUAUGGGAAAAAUCUUCAAACUAGGUUUUCAGCCUACCAUUGUAACGUUUAAUACCUUAAUCCAUGGGCUUUGUAGGGAGGAUAAAUUUGGUGAAGCUGUGGAUUUGUUUGAUUAUAUUGUUGAAAAAGGGUAUCAACCCAAUGUUUAUACCUAUACUGUGAUUGUGAAUGGUCUGUGUAAAAUUGGGAAAACCAAUGUGGCCUUUGCUGUUCUGAAAAGAAUGAUGCAGGAAGGUUGCGACCCUAAUGUGGUGUCAUUUAAUGCUAUCAUUGACAGCCUCUGCAAGGAUAGAUUUGUUACCGAGGCAUUAGACCUCUUCUUGAAAAUAAAGAGCGAAGGUAUCUUGCCUGGUGUUGUGACCUACAACACCUUAAUCCAUGGUCUGUGCAUGUCAAGCAGAUGGAAGGAAGCUUUUAUUUUGCUUAACCAAAUGUUGAGAGCAAACGGUCACACCAGAUUUAAUUACCUUGUUGAUGGACUUUGCAAGGAAGGAAAGGUUUCAAAAGCUCGUGAUGUAGUCAAAUUGAUGAUGCAGGGAGGAAUACAGCCUCAUGUUAUCACCUACAAUUCGUUGAUGGAUGGAUACUGUCUACACAACCAAGUGCAUCAAGCUAGAGAAAUAUUUGACCUGAUGGGAAGCAAGGGCUGUACACCUACUGUUGUUACCUACAGCAUCUUGAUUCAUUGUUACUGUAAGAUGAAAAGGAUAGAUGAGGCAAUGCGGCUUCUUUAUGAAAUGCCUUGCAAAGGCUUGAUGCCUAAUCAUUUCACUUAUAGUUCUCUUAUACGUGGCUUGUGUAGAGCAAAGAGCGCUUGGGCUGCACAUAAGUUUUUCAAGGACUUGUGUGCCAGUGGCUAUUCUCCCAACGUGGUGGCGUUCUCGAUUUUGAUAGAUGGCUUUUGUAAGCAUAGUUGUCUUAAUAUGGCAUUGGAUCUUUUUCACAAAAUGCAAAAGAACUUGUUGAAGCCUAAUCUUAUUAUUUAUAAUACCGUAAUUGAUGGUAUGUUCAAGGCUGGAAAGGUUAAAAACGCAAAGGAACUGUUUUCUAAACUUUCCUUAGAAGGGUUGUAUCCUGAUGUUUGCACAUACAAUAUCAUGGUCAAUGGACUUUGUAAAAAAGGAUUAUUAGAUGAAGCAUUGAAGGUUUUUAGGAAAAUGGAAGGGAAUGGUUGCUUACCAAAUGGUUGCUCUUAUAACGUGAUUAUCUAAGGAUAUCUCCGACACAACGAUGUGUCCAUGGCAAACCAACUUAUUGAUGAAAUGGUUGGCAAGGGGUUUUCUGCAGAUGCGGCUACUGUGAAGUUGGUAGUAAACAAUGAUCAGCUCGUGAAAAAGCUACUGAGCUGCUCUAAAAGUUCUCAAGGUGUAAAGUUGAAGUGAGAUUUUAAGAAAGAACAAUUGUUAUACAGUCACAGGAGGUGUUGUUCUGUUUUGGGUUAUAUGACUUAAAUUUGUCUCUAUUUUC